ACGGAGCUCACUCCUCGCACCCACCAUAGUGUAGGACGGUGCGCGCAAGAUGCAGCAAGCAACCGGGCGUGUUCUGACGCAUCUCCGAGCGCUCAGAAAACGCGCAACGCAGACGCAGACUCUCGUCCUGUCCGCACGAAGAUGUCAAUCCUCAUUCGACAACAACCGCCAAUGGUCGACCCCUCUUGCCCAGACCCUGGCUAACGCCAUGAAGGUCACGGGCCCCAUCCCCAUCGCGGCUUUCAUGCGCCAAGUCCUUACCUCCCCGGAAGGAGGAUACUACUCUACCCGGCCCGCGGGUGAGGGCGAGGUCUUCGGAAAGAAAGGCGACUUUGUGACCUCGCCGGAGAUCUCGCAGGUGUUCGGCGAGCUGGUCGGGAUUUGGACUAUUACCGAGUGGAUCGCGCAGGGGCGGACAAGAAGUGGGGUGCAGCUCAUGGAGGUUGGGCCGGGGAAGGGGACUUUGAUGGACGAUAUGCUGAGGACAUUCCGCAAUUUCAGAAGCUUUGCGUCGAGCAUUGAGGCGAUAUAUCUGGUCGAGGCGAGUUCGACGUUGAGAGAGGUUCAGAAGCAACUGCUCUGCGGCGGGGAUGCCGCGAUGGAGGAAACGGACAUUGGCCACCGGAGUGUGUGCAAGUACUUCGACGUGCCGGUUAUCUGGGUGGAGGAUAUACGGUUGCUGCCGCAUGAGGAGAGUAAAACGCCCUUCAUAUUCGCACACGAGUUCUUCGACGCGUUACCCAUCCAUGCCUUUGAGUCCGUGCCCCCGGCACCGGAGAACGAGCCGAAGGACGAGGUGAUGACGCCCACGGGCCCUGCGAAGCUCCGGAAACCAUUGAAGGCCGCCAAUGUGCCGCAGUGGCGGGAGCUGUUGGUGACGCUCAAUCCCAAGGCGGUGGAGGAGAACAUCGAGGGAGAACCCGAGUUCAAGCUGACGCUGGCCAGGGCGUCCACGCCGUCGUCCUUGGUCAUCCCUGAAAUCUCGGAACGGUAUCGUGCUCUGAAGUCUCAGCCGGGCUCCACGAUCGAGGUCAGUCCGGAGAGUCGGAUCUAUGCGUCUGACUUCGCAAGGCGGAUCGGCGGCGCGUCAGAACCGCCUCGCACGGCCACGAAGAAGGGUGCUACUACUGCUACUGGUGGGGAAACGCCGGCUGCGGCGAAGCGUGUGCCUUCCGGUGCAGCGCUGAUCAUGGACUAUGGGACUCUUGCUACGGUGCCCAUCAACUCGCUUCGUGGAAUCCAACACCAUCAAACUGUGCCGGCACUUUCGGCGCCGGGACAGGUGGAUGUUAGUGCCGACGUGGACUUUACUGCGUUGGCUGAGGCGGCCAUCGAGGCCAGCGAAGGCGUUGAGGUUCAUGGACCGGUUGAGCAGGGUGAUUUCCUGCAUGCCAUGGGGAUCGCGGAGCGGAUGCAGCAGCUGCUCAAGGGCGUGACGGAUGAGUCAAAGCGGAAGACGUUAGAGACUGGCUGGAAGAGACUGGUUGAGAAAGGCGGCGGUGGGAUGGGCAAGAUCUACAAGGUCAUGGCCAUCGUUCCGGAAAAUAAUGGGAAGCGCCGUCCAGUUGGGUUCGGGGGAAAUAUCAUGGCAUGAGCCAUUGUAUACUAGAAGCUCAAAAAAAAGUGUAUAUUAGUCUCCACCGUACACUGCACUACGGUUGGUU